AUUCAGCACAAAAUUCUUGCUUAUAGCUACUUGGGAAAAUCUUCAAAAGGGUCAAGGUCAAAACGUAGAUCAAGAGUCAGUUACUUUUCAAAUGAAUUUAGCUAGCAACGGAUCUUAUACAUUUGCACUGUUUACCUACGGAAAUGAAAGGAUUAUGUGGAACAUGGAAAAAAAGCAAGAUCCGAAAAUCUGGAUUGGCUUUUAUGCCGAAAAGAAUAGAUUUUAUACUCAUCCAUUUUCUUUUUCAAACAAUGCGUUAAGAAUGGACACAGUGGAAAUUGGUCAAUCUGAAAAGCUCAAAGGUGUUUUGUUGCAGCCAUUAACGCAAUAUGGGAAGACAAAACCAAACUAUGAUGUUAACUGUAUAUCCUGGUACAACAGAAAUAGUCAUGAAAAGUUUCGUAUGAAUCAAAUUUCGUCGCUCCUUCCACAUUGUCCUUGUGACAUAGACCUUGGAAGGUUUGACCCAUGGUUCUGGAAUCUUCAGAAGUAUAGAUGGCAUGGACAACAAGGCUACGGAUGUGUUGAUAUGCUUCAACGACCUGACAGUAUAUAUACCCAAUAUGGCAAGUCAUGCUGCUAUGACCUGAAUACGAGACUUUUGGUGUUUGAGCGACCGUACGCCGGUUCAUUUAGAAUGUUCAACCCACAUAUACUUACCAACGAAAAACAACAUUAUGAGAAUGACAUUCUUCCAAAAGAGUGGUGCUGCAACCUAUCGGAUUUUUGUAACCUUUAUUAUGAACUUCGUCCAACUGGUUCCUGUUACAGAAAAUCACCAUAUUCCUUUGGAUCGUUUUGGGGUGAUCCGCAUUUUCAAACACUAGACGGGAUGAACUUCACUUUCAAUGGUCUUGGAGAAUUUACCUUACUUCAGAUUGAGACAGCAAACAUGAGUUAUUAUCUUCAAGCAAGGACUACACGCGCUGUAAAACAAGAUGGAAAUGUCUCUGACGCGACUAUUUUCAGCGCUUUUGCAUCUAUGGACGAUACAGGGGCGAAUAUCCAUGUUGAAUUAAACCAAGCAAAAACAGGUCUGGCCAUUUACGCCAACAAGGUCGACAUGUCAGGUCAAUUUCAAGAUAAUCCUAACUUCAACUUAUCGAGCAAUGGAACAAUUCGUUUGGCCAAAAAUGGAGGAUCCUUGUUCGCUGUCUUUCAAAAAAGUGGAAUUGCACUUAACAUUUCUGUUAACGUAGGGAUGUUAUCGCUAAGCACAAUUGUUCCUGACACGUUUAAUGGGGUCACAAAGGGACUUCUGGGAAAUUACGAUGGUGAUCCUACAAAUGACUUUCAGAUGCCGAAUGGAACUAUUUUGAGCGCUAACAUUACAGAAAGAAAAGUGUUUGAAUAUGGAAAUCUCUGGGAAAUUAUUAACAACGCAUCAGCUUUCUUCUAUCCUGACGGAAGGUCGCACGAAGAUUAUCACAAUAAAACUUACAUACCAAUGUUUUUGGAUGAAGCAGAUAAAGAUAAAGUAAAAGAUGCCGAGAAAGUGUGUGGUGGAGCUCAGAAUUUGGAAUGUAUCUUCGACUACGUCUUUACGGAUCUUAAGGAAGUUGGUGAAAUGACGAAUGCGAUAAAAGGGCAAGUGGAAUCCUCAAGGGAAGAAAUUGCGGAAGUACUCCCGUUUUUGCAAGGUUGUUCAAAUCUUAACAUUACUAAAGGAGAAAGCAUUUCGUGCAAGUUAAAUCAUACACAAAAUGAUAAUAUUUACUUUCUGAAGAACAAUAUUGAUGCCGUAUAUCAUAAGGCGAACUCAUCUUUAUCUUUUAUUUACAAUGAUUCAUCUGAAUUUGAGCUAAGUUUUGUAGCCAAAAAUAAGCAAAACCGAUCCUCCACGGCAGUAAACCCUCAUAUUCUCCUCUGUACGGGAUGUAACGGUCGCGGUCACUGCAGUGGAACUCCACAGGGAAACGCUUCAGGAAAUGGGCAGUUUCAGAAGUACACAUGUAUAUGUGAUACUGGUUACGAAGGUUUGGAUUGUGAAAAAGAAGUCGACGGAUGCGCAGCGGAGCCAUGCUCUCUUGGCCGGAACUGUAGUAAUCUCAGCAUAGAACAACAACGAAAAGAAGGAAGGGCGUAUAAAUGCGGACCGUGCCCUGAAGGGUUUGUUACAGAUGACAACGACACCUGCAUAGAUGUUGAUGAGUGUUCGACUGACCCAACCAUUUGCGACGUCACCUCCACCUGUCAAAACACUGUCGGUAGUUUCGAAUGUAUAUGCAAUACCGGAUACAGAAUGGAUGGUAACAGUAAAACUCAAUGCAAUGAUAUCAACGAAUGCGACGAGGCGUUACACAACUGUACGCACAAGUGCAACAACUUUGAUGGAGGGUUUAACUGCUCUUGUCCACAAGGCUACAACCUUAACCAAACGGCCUGGACAUGCAUUAAAAAUUCAACUUUUGAUUGUGUUGAAUGCCAUAACGCUUCUGGUUGUGAAAUAAUACAGGGCGAAACGAAAUGCUUUUGUGUGGAUGGGUUUGAACUAGAUGACACUGGCACGCUAUGCAAAGAUGUGGACGAAUGCACCAGAGGUGUGUGCUCUCAGGGCUGCACAAACACAAAUGGGAGUUUUCACUGUUCCUGUUUUGCUGGGUUCGAACUUGUUGACCGUGCAAAUUGUGAAGAAUGUAGAACCAACAAGUGGGGUGUUAACUGUACAAACGAAUGCCAGUGUACCGGUCAAGGGGCCAAUUAUUGUGAUACGGUGAAAGGCUGUAUAUGCCUAUCUGGUUGGGAAGGCGCAACAUGCAGUGACGACAUUAAUGAAUGUAACCGGACUUACGACAUGUGUGGAGAUGUGAGAAAGGAGUGUGAGAAUAAUCCGGGGUCCUUUGUCUGUAAUUGUAUUAAUGGCUUUGUUGAAAAUGAUGAAGGGGUGUGCAAAGAUAUUGAUGAAUGUAGCAAUCCAUUAACACAUAACUGUGACCCCGAAAUCGAGCGAUGUGAUAACACAAUAGGCGGAUUCACGUGUAAAUGCGUGAAUGGCUACACAAAAAAUGGUUUCUCUUGUGAAGAUAUAGAUGAGUGCACUCUGAAGACUUCCGGUUGUGAACAAAUGUGCGAAAACAAGCCUGGAUCAUACAACUGCUUUUGUUACUUUGGCUACAAGCUCAACGAUGACAGAAAAACAUGUAAAAAAGUUGAUGACCCGUGCAAACAGUUCUACAACAAGACGUGCGGUCACUACUGUGUGAUACUUAAACCACAAAAUAAAGCAGAGUGUAGAUGCUCAGAAGGAUAUCGUCUGAUGAACAAUGAAGUAUCCUGCGAAGAGGUAAACGAAUGUGCAGAAUCUCCUAACGUCUGUGGCGAAAAUGUCAUAUGUAUUAAUUUGGAAGGAUCGUUUCAAUGUAAAUGUCAAUCGGGAACUAGACUGCAAAACGACGGCAUUACAUGCGCAGGAUGUGAAUGCAAUAUCGGAUGGAUGGGAGAAAGCUGUGACGUAGACAUAGAUGAAUGUGCCGCCGGAACAAAGGAAUGUGAUAAAGAAAACACCGUUUGUAUCAACACGCCUGGCGACGCCUUUUGUGUCUGUGAAGGAGGGUUUGUGUUGAAUGAAUUAUUUUCAGAUAUCAAUGAAUGCAGUGAUAGUAAAAUGAAUACCUGUGUGCAAGGGUGCGUAAACACAAUUGGGUCAUAUAGGUGUGAAUGUCACAACGGGUUCAUCUUGAGAAAUGGAUCAUGUGAAGAUAUAAAUGAAUGUGAAAAGCACAACGAAUGCGAUCACUGGUGCGAAAACACAGCCGGAAGUUAUCGGUGCUCGUGUAGAGGGGGAUACAAGCUCGAUCUAUCAGACAGGAGGUCAUGCAUACCUGAUGAAGAAUGCAAUCAAACAGAAGGAGGAGACAAACAUUGUGAAGAAAACCAGCAUUGUUUGAUUCUGGACGGAAAUCAAACAUGUGAAUGCCUCCCUGGAUUUGAAACUUUGGCCAAUUCUUCUUCCUGCAAAGACAAAGAUGAGUGUACAGGCGAGGCCAGCCCUUGUGAACAGACUUGCACAAACACUAAUGGCAGUUUUGUUUGUAGCUGUACUGCAGGUUUUACUCUGUCCAGUGACACAUUUUCCUGCAUGGAAUGUGAGGACGGAUUCCACGGUGACAAUUGUACGUUAAAAUGCACUUGUUCGAAACAAUCGACCGAACGCUGUGAUCCAAAUUCAGGGAAUUGCACAUGCAAAAACGGCUGGUCAGGAAACGAUUGCAAGGACGACAUUGAUGAAUGUGAAAACAAAACAAUUUGUCAAGACAACUCAUAUUGUUCAAAUACAAACGGCAGCUAUCGAUGUAUUUGUAACAAUGGAUAUAUUAAGAACAGUGCCGGAAUAUGUACAGAUUGCAGAUCAGGUAUGUUCGGACAAAAUUGCCAAAACACAUGCGACUGUAUUACUGAGAACACGGACCUGUGUGAUCACGUGACGGGCGACUGUAAAUGUCAACAGGGUUGGUCUGGAGGUAAAUGCACUGAUGACGUUGAUGAAUGUAAAGGAAGAACUGAUUAUUGCAGCACAACACCUAACUCUAAUUGCAUUAACUCAAUUGGUAGCUACAAAUGUGAAUGUGACCAGGGAUUCUUUGAAAACGGUCCACGUUGCGAUGAUAUCGAUGAAUGUACACUAAACCAUAACUGUACUCUCCCUGGCCAAGAAUGUGUAAACAGGCAAGGAAGCUACUCCUGUGAGUGUAAGACGGGGUACAAUAGUGACGGUCUUUCAUGCAUAAUGUGCAGCAACAGUACCUAUGGGAACAACUGCUCCUUGCUUUGUACCUGCAACGUAACUAACACGGAGGUUGUUUCGGACUUUCAAAGUUGCCAAACUGAAAACGGACAGUGCACAUGUAAACAAGAAUGGGAAGGCAAAGAUUGUGAUAGGGAUAAAAAUGAAUGUCUGAACGACACAAUUUGUUCAGGGGUUGAAAACGCUGGUUGCCAUAACUUGCAUGGGAACUACUCUUGUGACUGUUUGAGAGAUUAUGAACAUGUAAACGGAACCUGUAUUAGGCAUAACAAAACAGCAGAGGUGUGUGAGGCGAACUGCAACCAUUGCGUGUUAAAAGAUGGAAUAGCCAUUUGCAGAACGGAACCAGGCAACUGGACUCUAGAGAUAGUAGUAGGAACUGCUAUUGGAAGUGCUGCUCUUCUGAUAAUACUGAUGCUUAUUUUUGGUUGUCUACUUCGACGGUGGAGAAAUGGACAAACUGAGAAACGACUUGGCGCCAGGGCCGGACCAACCUCUGUGAGUAAGGAAGGAAAGACUGACAGGGGCACUUACCUUGGCAAGAGUGUGAACGGCCUGUCUAUCAGCAAUGUACGAUUGGAAGAAGGUAGCGGGCGCUACGAAGGACGAGUAGAGGUCAGCAUUGCCGGUAUAUGGGGAACGGUCUGUGACGACGGCUUCGAUAUGAAUGAUGCAAAGGUCAUCUGUAGGAUGUUGAAUAUGAGCGCCACUGCAUUUUUUCAUCAAGCACGUCGCGGUCAAGGCUCUGGACCUAUAUACUUACGGAACCUGGCCUGUAGAGGUCACGAGACGAGUAUUAACCAAUGUUCGUACGGCACCGACGUCAGCGUUUGUUCACAUUCAGAAGAUGUAUCCGUCAUUUGCUCAGAGUGUGGAGAGGCGAACGUGGUUCACGGAGAGAUAUCCAAUUAUCAAAACAAGACAUUGACAGUGACAUGUGACGAAGGAUAUGACCCUCCGACUAUUACACUGUAUUGCAUCGAUGGCGGCUGGAAUGGAAACGCCACAUGCAUCGCAGCUGGCUAUCCGUUGGACAUUCAUGAUGUUCGCCUCGCCCCAGGUCCCUACCAUGGAGGGGUAGAGCUGAAGGUCAACAACACAUGGGGGACAGUCUGUGGAAACGGAUUUGGUUCCUCCGAUGCCGAUGUGAUCUGCAGAAUGUUUGGGCUCAGGUAUGCUUGCAUGUCAGCAUAUGCAUUGAGGUUUUAG